AACCAGUUCUUUCUCUUUUUGAUGGAGCCUUCUAAUCUAACAGCACAUAGACAACUGUUAAUAGUGAUUCAAUCGAUUAAUACUCCCCCUGCUCAGACGCCCAGUGUGAUACCAACACCAACAAAACCAGAGGAAGAUAUCCCAGGGUCCCCAACUAGGCGUACCUGAAUCCGGCAUUCUGAAUCGACAGAUGGAACACGAACUUGUAGUACUCCAUUAGAGUAUUGAACAUGGGUGGCUAGAGACAUUAUCAGAUAUGGCUCAGAAUAGAAGCCAGUGGCGAUUCUGCUGUAACUUCCCUUUAGUUCAUAAAAAAAUGAACGUAACUUCUUUGAUUGAAAGAAUUAUUUUUGGUUAUACUUUGGCUAACUCAACUGUUUCUCCUAUUAUUAUUAUCAUUAUUAUUAUUCCACCCUCAUACACUAAUUUUUGUUCGUUGUUGUUCCUCUUUUACUAUACGCACUUUACAUUCUUUGCCUCUUACAACCCCAUUGUUAUUGUGUAGCGCAUAUGUAUUUCGCGCCCCCUUGUGCCAAUGUAUGUAUCCACAUAAAUAAAUGACUGAAUUAUGAAGAACUCCACAUCUCAGGAGAGGCACGGAAUACGAUGGAUAUGUUGGAUGCGACUAGAUGAUUUCAACUUCGCAGAUGACCUAGCCCCUCUAUCCUAUACACACCAACAAAUGCAAGUCAAGACGACGAGUGUAGCAGAAGCCUCUGCAUCAGUAGGCCUCAACAUACACAAGGGAAAGAGAAAUAUUCUGAAAUACAACACGGAAAACACCAACCCAGUCACACUUCAUGAAGAAACUCAGGAAGAGGUGGGAGCAUUCACGUACCUGGGAAGCAUCAUCGAUGAGCAAGGAAGGUCUAAUGCAGAUGUGAAAGCAAGGGCCGCCUUUCUACAGUUAAAGAACAUAUGGAACUCAAAACAACUGUAUGCAAGCCAAUAUCAGAGUCAGAAUCUUCUAUAUGAACGUCAAGACAGUCCUACUGUGCGGAGUUGAAACUUGGAGAACUACCACAACCAUCAUCAAAAUAGUACAACUAUUU